GCCGUCAUGUCCGGACGCGGCAAGCAGGGCGGCAAGGCGCGCGCCAAGGCCAAGUCGCGUUCGUCGCGCGCGGGGCUGCAGUUCCCCGUGGGCCGCGUGCACCGGCUGCUGCGCAAGGGCAACUACGCGGAGCGCGUGGGCGCCGGCGCGCCCGUCUACCUGGCGGCCGUGCUCGAGUACCUGACGGCCGAGAUCCUGGAGCUGGCGGGCAACGCGGCGCGCGACAACAAGAAGACGCGCAUCAUCCCGCGCCACCUGCAGCUGGCCGUGAGGAACGACGAGGAGCUCAACAAGUUGCUCGGGGGUGUCACCAUCGCGCAGGGCGGCGUGCUGCCCAACAUCCAGGCCGUGCUGCUGCCCAAGAAGACCGCCGCCAAGUCCGCCCCGGCGCCCAAGAAGGGCUCCAAGAAGGCCGUGACCAAGGCGCAGAAGAAGGACGGCAAGAAGCGCAAGCGCAGCCGCAAGGAGAGCUACUCCAUCUACGUGUACAAGGUGCUCAAGCAGGUGCACCCCGACACGGGCAUCUCGUCCAAGGCCAUGGGCAUCAUGAACUCGUUCGUCAACGACAUCUUCGAGCGCAUCGCCGGCGAGGCGUCCCGCCUGGCGCACUACAACAAGCGCUCGACCAUCACGUCGCGGGAGAUCCAGACGGCCGUGCGCCUGCUGCUGCCCGGCGAGCUGGCCAAGCACGCCGUGUCCGAGGGCACCAAGGCCGUCACCAAGUACACCAGCUCCAAGUGAGGCCCUGCGGGGACGAGGCGGGGUUGCAGGCGCCGGCCGCUUUAUUCCAAAGGCUCUUUUUAGAGCCACCACCGAAUCACCA